AAACAGUUCGAAAAUUUCACGUUUUGUUUUUCUUGUUGUUGUUGCUCUAGAUUUCUACAAAAUCUUACCAAGUUCGUGCCGUAUUUUGGCAGUUUGUUUAAGAAGUAAACUGUUUUUCACUGUAGAAUCAUGGAUUUCGGGGAAGGAUCGUAUUUGGAUCCUUCAGCAAGGAACACAAGAUUUAGUAACAUGAGUGGCAUCGUACAUUCACCUGCCACAGCAAAAGAUGGAAGAUCAAGGGUGCGAAAAACUGGAGAAAUCAUGAAAUCAAUGAAAUUAUUAGAUGAUGCAAUUGCCAAUGAUUCAAUUAUGUCAGGAAUUACUAUGACUCCUAAAAACUUUGAUUUUGACUCUACGGUCAACACCAACAAGACUUCACGUUUUAACAUUAGUCGAUUCAGAAAAUCAACAAAAAUGUCCGAGGAUAGCAUGUUUAUGGAGCCUAAUGAGAUGGGCAUGACGGCCAUGUUAGAUGAAUCAGCUUUCCUGUUUGAUCCUGAGACUCCUCAUAGAUUUAAAAGCAAAGAACAAGAUGCUGUGUCUGUUGAAUCAGCAAGCAUGAGCUUAUUCACCGAUUUCAAAACUUUCCUUACUCGAUAUGGUUCAUCGGUCGACUUGUUCCAGUUGGUUGAUUCCUACAUGGAGGUGUGUGAAGAUAACGAGAGUCUGGUUCGAAGUCUUGCGGGUAAACUGAGAAAGGGACCCGGAUUUGAAAUGGCUGAUGGAAUGCAUAAGUUGAUGAAACAGGAGAAACAAACAUGGAGACUUAUCUCUGCUCUUUAUAAAGAUAGACAAGCAUCAGCCACAUAUGAUGAUGGUAUGAACAUUGAUGAUUUGGCAAAUAACAUCAGUGAGCGAAAAGCUGUUGAAAAACUAUUUGAAGUUAAUUCUGAUGUUAGACAAGCCCAGAUUGUAAUAGAUUGGUUGGAACAAAAUGCUGCCGAUGAAAUAGAAGGGGAAGCUGAUAGGUUGAGGAAUUACGCGAGUGCUGUUAGCUGGGAAAACACUCUACACCGACUGAAUAGAAAUAAAGAACAAGGAAUUGAAGAUCCUAACUUAAUAUAUGAGAUGGACCCUGAUGCUCCUACAAGGUUAAAGAGGGAGAUUGAUGAUUUGGAUCGUGAGGAUGAAAAACAACUUCUUAAGAUCAUCUUCUCAUUUAUCAGAGCAGGGAAAAUAGAAGAGGCUGAAGAUUUAUGUGUUACACACGGCCAGCCAUGGAGAGCGGCAACACUGGAAGGAUGGAGGUUGCAUAAUGAUCCAAAUAUGAAUAAUGAUGCAUCAGAAGACAUGGGAUUGGUUCCAAUUGAGGGAAAUCCCCACCGAGAUUUGUGGAAAUUAGCAUGUUGGACGUUAUCAAGCGAUGAAACAAACAACGCUCAUGAAAGAGCCAUAUAUGGUGCGCUGUGUGGAAACAUGGAUGCUAUGUUGUCCGUAAGCAGUUCAUGGGACGAUCACUUGUGGGCACACUACAAAACCAUGGUUGACAUGGCAACCGAGCGUCAUAUACAGCAAACCGCGAACAUAAUGAAGCCAUGGCAAUGUGUGGUGAAACGAGUCCCCCUCCCUGAUGGAUACUGGAAACAAAAUAUAGAUCUUGGAGAUUGCGACCUCGUGUUCAACAAGAUUGAAAACUCAAAUGAUCAAAUUGUGAGGGAAGAAUCCGACAACCCGUAUCACUUUAUACAGCGUUGUAUCAUACUUAAUGAUAUGGAAGCUAUGAUGGAUAAAUGCUUGGAGUGGUUGGAUGACGCCUCGAUGCAAUUACUUCGAUUCCUUGUUCAUAUUAUUCUGUUUCUACGAACAUUGGGUGUCCAUCUUCAGACAGAGCAUUGUGACAAAACGAUUGAAGCUUACGUUCGUAAACUCAUCGCUGAUGGUCGUACCAACCACUUGGUGGCGACAUACACAGCAGCUCUGCCAUCGGAACUUCAAAUCAUCAAUUAUUCUGCUUUCCUUGAGGCAAUUACUGAUUCCAAUCUACAGAAGGAAUAUUUAGAGCUGGCAUUGGAAGCAGGACUCGAAAUUCCUGCGAUUACAAAGCGAGUCGUAGAAAGUAUUCGAUCUAUCGGAGGCGUCAACCAAACCGUGGCUCCUGAUUCAUCGAUUGAACUUCCGGUUACCAUUGACGACCAGCGUAAGAUCGAUUCCAUCGAGUGGUUGGUGUUUGACCCCUCGCAGCGAUGUGAAGCGCUCAAGCAAUGUAACGCUGUAAUGCGACAAUUCUUAGCAUCACGAAAACAUGAAGCAGCUCAUGAUGUGUUCGUGAAAAUUCCAUCCGAUUCCAUAGACAUCUUAUAUAACGAAUGGCAUGCGCAAGCAGAUAAAGAUGUUCCUUUGCCAGCUGAUGCUGAUAAUGCAAUACGUGAACAUCUGUGUAUGAAGGCAUACCUUGGUGCUCAUACUUCAUUCAAGGAAUGGUUCAAACAUCUACACACCAGUAAACCACAAGAAUACCAACCAACCAUCCACCAAACAUCUACUUUUGGUUCGGUUAGCAUCCCCGAACUUGUAGCUGAAGAACACAGACAAAAAGUAUCUGCUGACAAAAUAUCGGCAUGGGACGAUAAAUUAAGAUCUCUAUGUGACCUUGUGUGCGAUAAAAUAUACAACGUAUUGUUGUUUCCACAGGGAUGGCUUAUGGAUAUGAGGGAUGAUGGCGACAGCGAGGAAGGUGAAUGGCGCAACCACCAGAUGGGGUUGUUGAGAAGGGUUUGCAUUCCUUAUCUAUCAAACCUCCUGCUUACUGUGCUUGUUGAUACCGGGGGUCGAUAUAAAGAAUGUGGGCAACUUGCGAAUGUGUUAGCGUCAGAGGAAUAUAAACUAUACGAGUUGUUUACAAAACAAGAAGGAAAAGAAAUCAUGAAAAGAAUCCAAAAAGCUCUGAUUAAAACAUUAUGAAGUUACAAUGUCACUUUAUGAACACACUGCCAAUUUAGUUCAUAAUAAAUUCAAAUUCAUGCACAGAAUAU